AUGAAUGCAGAAUGCAACGAUACCGCAUUUGGGCCGGCAGUUCUGUCUGCCACCUGUCGAGGCGGCUUCGACCUUACAGUGACUUUCGAGGAGAGCAUCAUGUCCAUGGUGCCAUCCGCCUGCUUCCUGUUGGCGGUCGCUUUUCAGACGGCCCGUGUCUUGAAGAGAAAGUCGGUCGCGGUUAAGCCGUCGCUGCUCCUAACAGCCAAACUGGCGGCCAUUACUCUUUACGUGUCACUGCAGCUCGUCCUCAUCGUCCUGUGGUCCACGAGCUCCUACCCGACAGCUCGAAUCUCAGUCGCCUCGUCUACCCUGGAAUUAUGUUCUGCGCUGGGUCUUGGCGUCAUAUCGCCCCUGGAACACCGAAAGAGUCCUCGCCCGUCCUUUGUCAUUGCCUGUUACCUGGCCAUAUCGCUGCUUCUGGACCUGGUCCGCGUGCGCACUGCCUGGCUCAUUGGCCAUAUUGACGCAGUGGCCGCAACCCUCACCGCCUCUAUCGCUGCCAAGCUCCUUGUUCUGAUACUUGAGGCAACUGACAAGCGACACAUUUUGAUCGACACCCAUCGUCACCUUUCAUCGGAGGCUACUAGCGGCUUCUUCGGCCGCGGAUUCUUCUGGUGGUUGAACUCGCUGCUCAAGCACGGGUCGAGACAGAUUCUCAGCAUUGGAGACCUUUCUUCAAUCCACGAAAAGCUAGCCUCGGACAAACUGGCAGCCGAGUUGAGUGUUGAGUGGGACAAAUGUAAUCAGAAACGGAAGCACAGCCUCGCCCUGGCUACGCUUCAGGCCUGGCGCUGCGAAGCCCUGAAGAUCGCUGUUCCCAGACUGCUGCUUGUUGCCUUUCGGCUUGCACAGCCGUUUAUUAUCGAAUGGGUGGUUGAGAACAUCUCCGGCCCCAACAACCACGACACUCGCAGUAAAGGCUUUGGCCUUAUUGGGGCCGUGGCCGUCGUGUAUUUCGCAAUUGCGGUUUUCACUGGCUCCUACCAACACCUCGUUUACCGCCUGAUGACGAUGACCCGGGGUGGAUUGAUUGCCUUAAUCUACCAGAAACUGACAGAGUCUCCGACGCCAUCGAACGAUGCUCACGAUGCUGCGGUCAUGACCCUAAUUGGGACGGAUGUUGAAAGGAUUUGUGAAACCUGGUACCUGGUUGUCGCGGAGAUUUGGCCCAGCAUCGUCCAACUGGGCAUUGCCGUGUGGUUUCUCCAAAGACAACUAGGCGCGGUUUGCGUUGCUCCCGUAAUCCUGGCACUAGUCACGACCGGAUUGUCGUUGAAAGCGGCAACGUACGUUUCUGCUCGACAGAGAAUCUGGCUGGAGGCUAUCGAAGACAGGGUCAACUUCACCGCGCACGUAUUGAGCCACAUGAAAGUCGCCAAGAUGUUAGGCUUGUCCGAGAAGCUUCAGGACCUCAUUCAGGGCAUGAGAGUCCGCGAGCUAGAGCUUUCCAAGAGAUUCAGGCGCUUAUCGAGUUUCAACGUGUGCCUGAGCAAUCUCCCAUCUAUAAUAUGCCAGUUGAUCACUUUUGCGGCCUUUACAAUUGUUAUCAAGAUUCAAGGAGGCGGUCCCCUCGGUUUAUCGCAAGCCAUUUCCUCUCUCUCUAUCCUCACCCUUCUGAUGUCCCCGCUUGAGAUGCUAUUGUACGCUAUCCCUCAAGCAUACGCAGCUUUGGGUUGCUUCGAAAGGAUCCAGGUAUUCCUGUCCAGUGACUCCUGGAAAGACGUCAGACAGCCUUGCCUGCGUCAAUCAUGUGAGACUACGCACAAGAGCGGCAAGACGGAGAUUCUCUCGCCUCUCCGGUUUGUGGAAGCAACAUUCGGGUGGCAGGAGUCUCAGCCCGUGGUUCGUUGCGCGAGUCUGCGGGCCACUCGAAACACGCAGCUCAUAUUCAUUCUUGGACCAGUCGGCUGCGGAAAGUCGACUUUGCUCAAAGGCAUCCUGGGCGAGACGCUGAUCCUCGGAGGAACCGUUUGGGUCGUUUCAAAGGAAGUCGCAUUUUGCAACCAAUCCCCUUGGAUAUCCAAUGGAACCAUUCGGGACUGCAUCAUUGGACCGUCAGAAUUCGAGACUGACUGGUAUGAUGUGGUUAUUCAGGCCUGCGCCCUGGACGUGGACCUACAACAGCUUCCCAGUGGGGACGCAACCCGUGUAGGCAGCAAAGGGGUUUCCCUCAGUGGUGGGCAGAAACAGCGACUGGAAAUUGCGCGGGUGCUCUAUUCUCGAAAGCAAAUAGCCAUUUUCGACGACGUUGUUAGCGGCCUCGACGCCAUCACUCGAAGUGUCGUAAUGAUGCGAGUCUUUGGGCCAUCAGGUUUACUUCGGAGACUCGGGACAACAACAAUCUUGGCAACACAUAUGGUGGACCGACUAGAAAUGGCUGACCUCAUUGUUGUUCUCGAUGAACAAGGCCGGAUGAUAGAACAGGGCCCGCCCAACAGCUUUCCCCCUUCUGAUCAUCGUAUCAAAGAUAUUCUUGGAAGCCCACCAAAUGAAACGACAUUCCAGUCGUCAGCUCCGUCUGCAGAACGGUCGCCGGAGCAGACCCACGACCAAAGCGCCUCUACCCAGCAAGACAGACAGAUUGGCGAUAUAGCAAUCUACAAGUACUACUUUUCGUCACUCGGCUGGCUGAGCUUCUUCAUAUUUGGCCUCUUCGUGGUUCUAAAUACUGCGUUCGAAUCUAUGCAAUAUGCUUGGCUCACGUUGUGGUCGCAAAGCAACGAGAAGUACGGAGACGUUCGUACUGCGUACUGGCUCGGACUGUAUGCACUUUUUGCCGCUAUCCGGGUUGUCAGUCUCAUCACUGCGGUGUACUACCUUUACGUCGUUAUUGUGCCAAGGUCCGCUCAGAAUCUCCAUUUGGUGGUGUUGCGGACAGCCAUGCGAGCUCCCAUGGGCUUCAUAUUGAGGACCGACACGGGCACACUCAUCAACAGAUUCAGCCAAGAUAUGCAGCUCGUCGAUUUAAGCUUGCCUGGUGCCCUCGUCAAUACGAGCUAUCGGUUUGCCGGCUGUUUGGGAGUGGCUGCGCUGGCCAUCGUCGCCCUGCCGUACUUUGCAGCCGUAAUACCCUUGAUGGCUGGUGUCCUGUAUUUUCUGCAACGAUUCUACCUUCGCACGUCCCGCCAGCUUCGGCUGCUAGAGCUGGAGUCAAAGGCACCGCUAUACUCUCAUGUUCUCGAGACAAUCGACGGCAUGAUUAGUAUUGCCCUAGUCAACCUGAUGACCUUUGGAGAGUCUCUAGCUGGCCUGAUUACUGUGUGGACUGAGUUGGAAACGUCUCUUGGUGCGGUAUCUCGAGUGAAGACUUUCUCAGAGGAUACAGCGCAAGAGGUCGAUCCAGGCGAGAGGCCGCCGUCAGGAUGGCCCGCCCAAGGGUCAUUGACAUUCGACAACUGGUCAGCAUCCUAUCACGAGUAUGCGAAUACCCCGAGAAUCAAAAUCACCGCCUCCAUCCUCCCCGGCCAGAAAGUUGCGGUGUGUGGCAGAACUGGCAGUGGGAAGAGUUCUCUCAUUUCUUCUGUUCUUGGAAUGGUCAACGGAUCAGGCGGAAGAAUCGUCCUCGACGGCAUAGACCUAUCUACACUUCCCAGAGAUGACAUUCGGAAGAACGUCACCUGCGUGACGCAAGACCCUUUCCUGUUCAGCGGCUCAGUGCGCUUGAACCUAGAUCCGCUUGCGGAGUCAUCGGACGACGAAAUGCGAGCCUCAUUAGAGAGGGUAGCCCUCUGGACGACAUUGCAACGAGGCGCUGGCGACGACGAGCUUACAGCGGCGCGGGCUCUGGAUUCUGAAAUGAACGACUUGCGCUUGUCCCACGGCCAAGCACAGCUAUUUUGCCUCGCUCGAGCAAUGCUGCGAAAGAGCCCAUUGAUAAUGCUCGACGAGCCGACUAGCAGCGUUGACGCCACGACCGAGUCUGAGAUCCAGAAAAUAGUCGCGAUGGAGCUCCAAAACUCAACGGUCAUCAUGGUAACGCAUAGAUUGUCGGGUAUUAGUGCCUUUGACAGAGUGGCAGUGCUGGACCAAGGGGUCAUGGUGGAGUAUGGGCCGCCAGAUGAGCUGUUGGCUAUCCGCAAUGGUGCUCUUGCAAAGCUCUGCGAGGCAAGAAGAGAUGGGCCAUGGAAAUAA